AUGUACCAAAGCGGCCAAAGACAUGUCUCGGGCAAUGAUCCCACACGGUCUUUUCAAGUUCCUCCUCCUCCGCCAAUGUCGCCUCCUAUGGCUGGCGCUACGUCCAUGAACACCAUGAUGAACAUACCGCCGCCGCCGCCGAGAUAUCCUGGUGCACCGCCUGGAGCUGUCAAUGGGAUGAUGAUUCCCCCUCCGCCAGGACCGCCGCCGAACGCCAAUCUUGGACUGCAGCCAUCAUGGCAUGGGAACUACGGCAAGCUAUACGAUGGGAGAACCGCCGUCGGCAUUCCACCGCCUCCUCCCGCCGGACACCAGCAUCUACCAUAUAAUCCCAAGUUUCAUUCCCAAAUGGCCACGGGUCAGACGAUUGCCAUGCCUCCGCCACCUCGACCGAGCGAUGCCAUGGCCAUGGGUGCGACGUAUAUACCCUCGAGAGGAACAUAUGGUGAAGGCGUUGGAAUCCCAGGUUUCGACCCCAACGAGUCGGCGAGCACGCCAGGUUCAUAUAUCCAGACUCCGUUGAGCAGCACCGACACCAACACUACAACUCCGAUGGACGACCCCAACCUAAGAGACCGGUUUUAUUCCUCGAGAGGUCUUUCCAACGCCUCUUCCGCCACGGCUGGUAGUACGAUCCCACCCGAGUUGGCGGCGCAGUGGCCCCUUGAUACAGUGCUGAUAUGGCUGGCGCAAAAUCAGUUCUCCAAGGACUGGCAAGAAACGUUCAGGGGCCUGAAUCUGUACGGUGCGCAGUUUCUGGAUCUGGGCAGUCUGCAUGGGGGUCGUGGAAAUUUCGGCAUGAUGCAUCAAAAGGUCUAUCCGCGUUUGCACCAGGAAUGCACCAACAGCGGUACCGGCUGGGACCAGAGUCGUGAGCGAGACGAAGGAAAGCGAAUGCGCCGGCUCAUCCGCAGUAUCGUCACAGGGAAGCCAGUCGAUCCUUCGAAGAUGGUGAGCAGCCACAACCGAGCGAACUCGGUUACCGCUUCCCACGGACACGGCGCCAAUGCACCUGGCCUGGAGCCAGUAGAUUCACCAAAUACCCCAUUGACCUCUGCCGGGAGCGGCAGUUUCGCUGCCAGAAGAUUUUCCCAAACCCGUUCUACUACAAUGCCAACACUUGGCAGCGCCACCAUGAACUCGGAUUCGAAUCAUCGCACAGUCCUCAAAUAUAUUGACUCUGAAGGGAGCCGCAAGUUGAGUCCCAUAACAAACGAACACGCUGAAAGUGAGACGUUUGGUGGCACUCUGGGACGAAAAGACAGCCCAGGAGGCAGCCCAGCUCCCCAACAGGUUCUCUUUCCGUCAGCGACAACGCCUGCGCUUUCUGCUUCGCCGGCUUCUGCAAAAUUCGGCCAUCGCUCUCGUAAUAGUACGGACUCUGUGACUUCCAAUGCUGCCAUCUAUGGUUCUGGCGUUCCCGCUGAUGCGGCUGCGAUUCUCGGCCGAGGUCUCAACCUAGCAGAAGCCAUGUCAACAUCACGAAGCCAAGAUCGGCCUCAAUACUCACCCCUCAACUCUGGUGAUAGAUCAGCCGGAGGCGAAACCCCGGCAUCAGCGAGGGACUCGAAGAGUUUCUUGAGCUUUCUGUCCCGGAAAAAGAAACAGAGGGAAGAUGGUUCAUUUCCUUCGCCUGAUGAGUUUGACUCGCCUGAGUCACCUAUGGCUGUUCCCAAAUCCCUUGCUGGUGUGUAUUCUUCGAUGAAUGGGAGUGACUCUCACUUGGAUCGUCUUGGGUCCAGCCUCGUGGCUCACGAGAAUGACCAAUUAGCGAUGCUUCAAAGACUGAAACGAACCGGCGGCGUCAGAACAUUCGUGCUGGCUACGACGGACUACUGGAACUACCGCAUGUGUGAUAUUACAGAAGCAGAAUCAGCCGCGGAGAUCCGCCAGGUCAUUUGUGAGAGCCUCGGUCUGACAGGGUUCGAGCAGUACUCCAUCUUCGCGACGGAACUUGGCAAAUUCGACCACAACGAACCUCUGGACGACCAACAGCUCCUAACCGACAAGCGUGUCAAAGGCGACUCGACUGGAUCUCUCAAGUUUUUUAUCUCCCCUGCAAAGAUAAACUCUGCCACUACUCCCAGUUCUGUGCCUGCGUCUCUAUUUCCGGGUUACAUUCCUCCUGGUAUGGAUGAAGAGUCGUACAAUCGUAGCAGACAGCGAUCUAGUUCAUCACCACCCACUUCCAGAGCGAACACGAUUGGAGACAGGAUCGACGAAAAGACGUUGGCUCAAGAAGCCAGCGACUACAGGGCAGAAAUUGAGAGAAAACAGCGAGCAUAUCUUGCCAAGAGGAAGGAGGCAAACAAGAAGGAAAGCCCGACAGCCCCGGAAUAUGUGUCGUCUGGAAGCAUCAUGGGACGCAAUGUGGAUUUCGAUCAGCCUCGACCCUCGCCGUUCGAGGACAAGAAGCCAGAUCAACUAUUCCCCCAGAGACGACCUCCUGCGCCGCCUAGUGAUCCUUCUGCCACUUUGAUCAAGGCCAAUUCACUAAGCAGGAAACCAGGUCACGGCUUGAGGAACUCUAGUGGUAGCAUGGAUGGAUUUCCCACGCCGAGACACCCACCUUCUAUGACCAGCGGCGAAGGUGAGGGUACAGAUGGUCACCGAAAGGCAAAAUACGCGGCACAACAUGCUCCUGUCAGCGGUGGCAUCGGGGCCGCUCUUGUUGGCAUGGGUAGAAACCUGGGUGCCAUCGGACAAUCUACUGCGAACGGUCCAAAGGUCACCUCUCCCCGCAUUGUAUCGCCACCGUCCUCUGGCAGUGGCAACGCUCAACAGCAGUCAGGUAAGACGGCAUUGUCCAGUGUGAACUAUGGUCAGAUUAGCAACCGCGGGAGGAGCAGUCCAAAGCCAGCGAAUGGAUCCCCUGGGUCGGUGACAUGGAGUCCAGGUAAUCUUCCAUUCGUUGUGCCGGACUACUCGCCUGGCGGUACCCCCGUGCUAUCUCUGCCAAAGGGUGCGUCUGGUCCCAAUGCUAAGAACAUUGAAACAGUUCCGAGACCUGCGUCGCCUGGCGACAUCAGCCCCAGCUCUACCCACUCUAGGAGUAAGGGCUCUGGCGACUUUUCCUCGUCGAAGCGAAAGUCACACGGGCCCGAUUUGGACUUCAAAGAGUCGGACGUCAAGUUCUCGAAGUCGUCGACCACCCAGCCAUCUCUUCGAGCGAACAGGGCUGGCCCCGGCGACGAUAGCGGCGACGAUUCUAGUGACGACGGCCUAUUCGCCAUUCCCUUAGCUGGUAGAAAGAAGGGUAAGGCCACUGCCGGCAGCGGUACAAAUGCUUCGUCAACUGCUCGCUCGAGCACGGAGACACGGCCAAUCUUGCAUGUAAACACUUCGCGCAAAGAAAAGGGGCGAUCCGUCACUUUCUUAAAAUCACCCGAUAGUUUCGACAGUAGCAACGAUGGCGGUGCUAGAACGUCUAGCUCGAGAAGAACCCCCGGCACGCCUCAAACGGAUGCGUGGGAUUCUGACAAGGAGAGUCAAAUUAAUCGCCGAAAAUCAUUCAUUGAAAAAGAUGUAUGGGCAAAUCGUCCCCCUACUGAUGACUUGCUCAACAACUUGGACGACUUCUUCCCGAACCUCGAUCUCGAUCAGCCUGUACUUGAGGACAGCGCAGGCGGAGAAAUUCCCCCAUUGCCUACGGCGGAUUACGACGAUCGCAGAAACAGGUCCAACUCAGCUGGAUUUGGAUCUGGAGCCAUGCCUGGACCUUCGACAACAGGACCCCUUCCCGCGGCAGUGCCACCGUCACGCCAACCGUCUCUGUACAACAAUGAUGGAGACACAUUGGGCUCCGAUGAGUCGACGUUGAAAGCGACAGAACGACCUACGUCCAGCCAUGCGGUUGCUCAGCGUAGCAUUCGCAGAUCUGGCGGGUUGGGUCGGAUGAAGUCCAUUCGUGAAGUUGCUAGUCAAGCCAACAAGAGGUACACAACCAUCUCACAGCCGAUGGGCAGCAAGUCACAAACAAACUUGAUGCGACGCAAGAGCACCAAGAUGUUCAAUGCGAAUAUUGUGCAGAUUCGCCCCGACCAGAGAGGAAGUAUGGUUGUGCCAGAUAUUCCUCAGGAUACGCUCCCUAAGCGACAGACAACAUUCAGAUGGUUCAAGGGUCAACUCAUCGGCAAGGGUACCUAUGGCCGUGUCUACCUCGGUAUGAAUGCCACUACAGGUGAAUUCUUGGCUGUCAAAGAGGUCGAAGUGAAUCCCAAAGCUGCGGGAGGAGACAAGGCCAAAAUGCGAGAAAUGGUGGCUGCACUUGAUCAGGAAAUCGAUACAAUGCAACAUUUGGAUCAUGUCAAUAUUGUGCAGUACCUAGGCUGCGAGCGAAAGGAGACGAGCAUCAGCAUCUUCCUCGAGUAUAUUUCUGGUGGCAGCAUUGGAUCUUGUUUGAGGAAGCAUGGUAAAUUCGAAGAGUCCGUAGUCUCUUCGCUGACUCGCCAGACGCUAUCAGGGCUGGCGUAUUUGCAUCGCGAGGGUAUUCUGCACAGAGAUUUGAAGGCAGACAAUAUCCUACUCGAUUUGGACGGCACUUGCAAGAUUAGUGACUUUGGAAUUUCGAAAAAGACGGACAACAUUUACGGCAACGACAAGACCAAUUCGAUGCAAGGAUCAGUGUUUUGGAUGGCACCAGAAGUAAUCCGAUCUCAGGGCGAAGGCUACAGCGCCAAAGUGGACAUUUGGAGUCUUGGGUGCGUGGUACUGGAAAUGUUUGCCGGACGAAGGCCGUGGAGCAAGGAAGAAGCGGUUGGGGCCAUCUACAAAAUCGCAAACGGGGAAACUCCGCCAAUUCCAGAAGACAUUCAGGAAACCAUUGGGCCACUUGCCGUGGCGUUUAUGAUGGACUGCUUCCAAGUGAAUCCGUUUGAUCGUCCAACUGCUGACGUCCUUCUCUCACAACAUCCGUUCUGCGACCUGGACCCCAACUACAACUUUUACGAUACCGAGUUGUACACUAAGAUUAAGGAUGCAUACAAGAUUUCAUAG